AUGGAAGAGGAGAGCAUCUCUGCGAAGCCUGGUCUACAGGCUGGGUCGCUGCCACCAGAUCUGCCCCUGUUAGUCCACGACAUAGAAUGCAACCAGUCGUACCCCAAGCUUAUCGCAGCUCAUGUAGCCUGCGUGCAGAUGGACACCUCCUCGCCGCGGCUGUAUCAGCUGGAGCUGGACCUGGCAGCCGCCCAUGGGAGCAUCGGAGCGGAAGGAAGAGCAGAACGCGCUGCCCCCGGGCUGCAGGCAGCCGCGCCGGAGGUGGAUGCGUUCAUGGCAGAGUGCUUGGCUCAACUGGGGCGGCUCAAGGCGGCUCUCGAGAGCCACAUCUCCGCAGCUCUGCGGUCCUGUGAGGUGUUGGAGCAAAGACUAGUGGACGCUUUGGGCCACCGUGCAAGGCCGCCCGCAACUUUGUCGCCGCAAGUAUCCAGUCUCAGAUCAAGUCCACCCCAGCCGGCGGCGGAUCGUUCUCGAGCGGUUGGCAGGUCCAGAAAAGCAGCUGACCUCCAAGGUCCUCUCUUGCCCGCGUCUUUGCGAAAGGUGCCUUCCAGCACCGGCCCAGGUGCUAGGCCCAGCGCUAGCCCCCACCCCGCCUUCCCCGCCUUACUCGCCAGCACUCGACCGUUGGGCGAAAUCGACGGAACGUCUGGUCUUACUGGUCACCCUCGAGGCGAUCCAACCGGAAGGGUUCCGCCUGCGGCAGGGAGGGACGUGGGCUUUAGUCGCUCAAGAGAACCGGCCUCGGACCUUGGCGGCGGCGGCCUGAGCACGAGUACGGCCAUGCUCGUCAGAAGAUGCCUGCAGCGCGACGCGCAACUGGGACGCGCAGAAUGGGCGACAGAGAGCGGACCUGUGGGUGCAAGUUCGGAAGGGCGGGGGGCGAGGGGGCCCGAACCCGCGGUGGCGGCCAGCAUGGCCAAGGAGCUGCGGCACAAGCUGAAGAAACAGUACAGCGAGACCCUGGCGGAGGUGCACAAGGAGAUCUUGCGCAAGCGGCAGGCGGGGCGGCUGCCCGGCGACCAGGGGCACCUGCUCAAGGACUGGUGGAGGCGCCACGAGAGCUGGCCCUACCCCACGGUCAGCGCCCCCCGUGCCCCACCAUCCACAUUGCACGUGCUGCUCCCAAUCAGAGACGUCUACGGAAAUUUUUGGAAGUAA